AUGCGUCUCGUAGGCUCACACCCUCUUUGGGGGCACUACUUGUGGAAUGCAGCUCCUACUCUUUCUAUGUACUUGGAAGAGCACGAUGCUCUGGUGCGCGACAAGUAUGUGCUCGAGCUGGGUGCUGCUGCGGGUCUGCCAUCGAUUGUGGCAAUGAAGCUGGGGGCACGGGCCGUUGUGGCCACGGAUUAUCCGGAUCCUGAUUUGAUGCAAAAUUUGUCAUUCAACCUCGCACGGUACGGAUCGGCCAAAGCUCUAGGCUACAUAUGGGGUGCAGAUUGUGCGCCGCUCAAGGAGCAUGCGCCUCAUGGCUACGACCUGCUUUUGCUUUCAGACUUGAUCUUUAACCACCAGGCGCAUCCAGCGCUUAUCGAUACCCUGGACCGCUGCCUGCAUCCCCAGGGGCAGGCGCUUGUGUUCUUUAGUCAUCACCGACCACAUAUGGCUGAACGCGACUUGGCUUUCUUCACUUUGGCUUCGCAGCGUGGCUACAUUUGUGAAAAGCUAGAUGAAUGGCUCCUUACGGUACGUACCGGAAGCACGUCGAAGCCCCCACCCUCCCCCCUCCUCCCCUUUCUCACAGCAUAUGCUAACUCGUCCACUUUGUACAUAUCAUCGCGAACCGCACCUAUGCUCGUUACUUUCUUUCAUCUCACUCGUAUAGCCCAUGUUCCCUGA